GAGGAGGGGGAUGUGGUCAAAGGAGUGAGGAGGGAGGAGAGAGAGCCGCAGCAGCAGCAGCAGCAGCAGCAGCAGCAGCCCCGCUUUCAGCCUGCUGCAUGGGGCUAGUCGGUUAGCUUAGCACCGCCUCUCCUGAACACCGGGUUUGUUACCUCCGUGUUUUGCUCUCCGCAGCUCCGGCUUCAAGAUGAUGAAGUUUCGGUUCCGUCGGCAGGGCACCGACCCUCAGAGAGAGAAGAUUAAACAGGAGCUGUUCGCCUUCAACAAGACUGUGGAGCAUGGGUUUCCUCAUCAGCCCAGUGCUUUGGCCUUUGACCCCAAACUGGAACUUAUGGCCAUCGGGACAAAGUCAGGAGCCAUCAAAGUUUACGGUUGCCCUGGCGUUGAGUUCACAGGUCUACACAGUGAGACUACUGCGGUCACACAAAUCCACUUCCUGCCUGGACAGGGCCGCCUGCUGUCACUGCUCGACGACAACACCAUUCACCUGUGGGAGCUGGUGGCCGGCGCCCCCAGAGAGGUGGGCGGGGUGAAGAAAGAAGGUUUGAUCAGUCUCCAGGAAGUGAACAGCUACAGCCUCCCAGGAAGACCAGGCAUCGAGAGCUGCAGUGCCACUCGGGUGACUGUCCUCCUCUUGCUGAGGUCGUGCGACCUGCUGUGCAUCGGCACGGAGGGAGGGGGCGUCUACUUCCUGGAGUUGCCCCGCCUGUCACUGAAGGACAACCUCACGCUGCCACAGGACCAGGUCACCCAGAGCCUGCCAGAUGAGUACAGAUGUGGGAAAUCCUUGGGGCCGGUGGAGUCUCUUCAGGAACAUCCUCAACAGCCAGGGAAGAUUCUGAUUGGCUACAGCCGGGGCCUGGUGGUCCUCUGGGACCUGAGCACCCGUCACACCGAGCAGCUCUUCCUGGGCAAACAGCAGCUGGAGAGUCUGGUGUGGGAACGUUCCGGAAACCUAUUCGUCAGUUCCCAUAACGAUGGCGGGUACUCCGUGUGGCCUGUUACUAACGGCAACGCCUGCAAUCAGCAGCCAGUGUCCUCUACCAUCCCAUAUGGUCCGUUCCCCUGUAAGGCCAUCAACAAGAUCCUGUGGAGAACGACACAGACGGGCUCUCCAGUGUUGUUGUACAGCGGGGGGAUGCCCAGAGCGAGUUACGGAGACCGCCACUGUCUGACCAUCCAACAGAACAAAGAGCACGUCACUCUGGACUUCACAUCCCGAGUCAUCGACUUCUUCACUGUCCAUAACGUAGAGCAAGAGAAAGAGUUUGAUGAUCCGUCAGCGGUGGUGGUGUUACUGGAAGAGGAGCUGGUGGUGAUUGACCUCCAAACCCCCGGCUGGCCCUCGCUUCCGACCCCCUACCUGGCUCCCCUCCACUCGUCAGCCAUCACCUGCUCCUUCCACGUCUCCAGCGUCCCGCCCAAACUCUGGGAGAGGCUGGUCAAUGCCGGCAAAGCUCAGCAGGGCCGGCAACAAGCGCACGGGAGUUGGCCCAUUUGUGGAGGGAAAAACCUGGCUCUUCCACCCAAACAGCAAGAGCUGCUAUUGACAGGGCACGAGGACGGCACUGUGCGUUUCUGGGAUGCGUCGGGCGUUGCUCUCACUCCGCUGUACAAACUCAGCACCGCCAACGUCUUCCACACCGACUGCGACCCAUGCGACGAACCUCAUGACCCCAGCGACGACCCCGACAUGCAGCAGGAGGAGGAAUGGCCUCCUUUUAGGAAGGUGGGCUGUUUUGACCCGUACAGCGAUGACCCCAGACUGGGCAUCCAGAAGAUCAGUCUGUGCAAAUACAGCAACAAGCUGCUGGUGGCUGGAACUGCUGGACAGGUGAUUGUUCUGGGUCUGAGUGACGAGCGUUCGGACCACACUGUGGACGUGUCGGUGGUGGAUCUGCUGCAGGACCGCGAGGGCUUCACCUGGAAGGGCCACGACCGGCUGGAGCCCCGCCUCAAACCUGCCCCCUUCCCCCCGGGCUUCCAGCCACAGGUGCUGGUGCAGUGCAUGCCCCCCGCCUCCGUUACCGCUGUGGCUCUGCACGCCGAGUGGAACCUGAUCUCCUUUGGGACGAGUCACGGAUUCGGCCUGUUCGACUACCACAGAAGAAACGCUGUGCUGGCCAGAUGUACGCUGCACCCUAACGACUCCUUGGCGAUGGAGGGCCCUCUUUCCAGAGUCAAGUCUUUGAAAAAGUCCCUACGACAGAGCUUCAGACGCAUCCGCAAGAGCAGGGUGUCGGGGAAGAAACGACCCAUCACCACGCCCACCAGCAAGGUCCAGGAGGCUAACGCGGCUCUCGCAGAGCAGGAGGACGUGGCUCCGAUCCAGCGGAGGAUCGAACCGCGGUCAGCAGACGACUCGCUGUCCGGAGUGGUCCGAUGUCUCUGCUUCGCGGACACUUUUCUCCGCGACGGUACCCACCACGGCGCCACACUCUGGGCAGGCACUAACUCGGGCAGUGUGUACGCCUACGCUCUGGAGGUGCCCGGUGUCGGCUCGGGUCGGGUGUGUGAGCGUGGCGGGGCGGGCGAGAGCAGUGUGUGUGUGGAGGCGGUGUUGGGUAAAGAGAUCCAGCUGAUGCACAGAGCACCCGUGGUGUCCAUCUCCGUGCUGGACGGCCGGGGGAAACCGUUACCCGACCCGUACGAAGCCUCGCAGGACCUCUCCAUCGCCCCCGACAUGACCAACGCUCACUCUGUGCUCAUCGCUUCGGAGGAACAGCUGAAGGUGUUCUCUCUCCCCAAGGUGAGCGCCAAGACCAAGUUCAAGCUGACGGCUCACGAAGGCUGCAGGGUGAGGAAGGUGGCGCUGGUGGUGUUCGGCUCCACGGCUCAGGAGGAUUACAGUGAACACACACUGGUGUGUCUGACCAACCUGGGAGACAUGCACCUGUUCAACAUACCGGGCCUCCGACCUCAGGUGCGCUACGACUGCAUCCGUAAAGAAGACAUCAGCGGCAUUGCAUCCUGCGUCUUCACCAAGAAUGGACAGGGGUUUUACCUGAUCUCCCCCUCGGAGUAUGAGAGGUUCUCGCUGUCGGCUAAAGUCGUCACAGAACCGCUGUGCUCUGUUCAGCUGGACCGAUCGCUGGAGCACACACCUGCCAGCGAUGGCACCACGACGCAGGCCAACGGGACCCACAAGAACCAAAUGGGUCAGGCUGAGGGACAAACAGAAGAGCCUCCGAGCGCCCUGUCCUCCCCCCUCAUGGACACCCCUCUGGACUCCCCCCUCAGCUGUGCCGACCUCACCCUCGACUCCACCGGAGAAAUCACAGUGGAGGAUGUCAGGGACUUCCUAACCACCGUGGACGAGGCGGAGAACAACCUGAAGAACAUCAAAGAGGAGGACGGACGCUCGACCGGCAUCCUCAUUAACUGAGCAGUAUUACAGGAAGGGGCUCGAGUGAAUCUGGAUGGACCAGAUUUCAGUGCUGGACCACAAACAUUUCCCAUCAUCCCGCUGUGGAGCCCAUCUCCUGUUAGCCUGGCACAAACUGGGAGGAAAGCCUUCACACGGACGAAGAACACGACAUCAGAAGACCUACAUCUUCUUAUAUAACCACUUUGGAAACAUGACAUUGCCUCCCACAUGGAGCUGGAGACGGCCUCGCCUGGCACAGAGGGGCUGGAUGGAUUUGUGGAUGAUUAUUCGAGUAUAGAGCACUGAACACUUUCCGUCGUCCAUCUUACCGUGAUCAUUCCUCCUGGCCCUUCUUCUCGUUGUGACUCAAUGGUUACGGGACGUAGUGACUGCAGCCUUCAGGAAACACCUGUCACAUCCUGCAUUUGGAGACUUACCAGUGACAUUUCCGUGUUUCCAAUUGUUCUACCCACAGUUCCUUGGUGUGCUGGGAUCAGUCUGAGGUUUCCCCACAGCCUGAACCGGAAUUGGUGCUAGAAUGCGCCCUUUGAUUCCUCACGCUGACGCAUGACGGGUGUUUAUGAAAUGAGGGAAUCCAGCAGAAAGGGAGCAGUGUAGAUUUAAGGAGAGUAAGACUAGCAAAUGAAGUAUUUUGAAUAUUUGAAGGCUGAUAAAUGUGUAUUCUCCGCCUCUUUAUGUGCCAUAAAAUGAGCCGACAUGUUAUCAAACACAAGCACAUCACCCCAAAGUGAUGAGAACUCUUGGUAGUGAAGAAAACAAUGGAUGAUGAAGGAGUUUUGUAAAGAUGGAUGCAUAUGUUUUGUACGGCUUUAGGAGCAAGAUAUUUUAAUGACUAACAGAAAGGGAGUAAAGAUUUCAAAGGGAACAAGCUGGUGACGAGGGACGGGAAAGCGGUACUAUGUCUGAAGUGUAAGAGCAGAUUUAUUUGAAAUAAUAUUUUUGAAGUACCUUUAUUGCUAAACGCAUGGCCUGGGUUGCAAAUGCAUUCUUUAUCCUUCAGUAUAAAUUCGAUAAAAUCAGAUAGAAGAGCUUGGAGAUCAUGACUUUCAGGAGUAAAGAAAAUAAAAGCAGUAAUUUAAAAAGAAGUUAAAGAAUGUGUAGAAAUGAAGAUCCUCCAUCAUCUCAUCUGAAAUCUUUUCGACGGGACUCAGGGAAGUGUGGCGAGGGAAGCAAAGUCAGUCUGAAUGCUAAGUGUAACGUACUGUGUACUAUCAUGCACCCAGGAGAUUUCUUUUCGUGGGUUUCUGUGAAUCGGUGCAUUCUGGGUAAUAUUGGCUUAGAUGUGGAGCUUUGAUCACCAGUAUUUUUAACCCUUUUAAAAAAUGUUUUACUGUGUAAAAAGAAAAAAUACAUACAGUAUCUAUACCUAGGUUUAUAACGGAGAGCCGACGAUAGACGGUUUGUAGUCGUAGCCUAAACACCGCUCAAUAUUCAAGCUCUUUCAUCACCUCACGUAAAACAAAGUAAAAAAGGGACCUCACUACUAACUCAUGUAGCUCAUCAGGUAGGAAUCAUGUUAACGCUUUUUUUUAAACUCGUGUUAGCUUGUUUUUGUGCUCUGGUUGACACACACACACAUACACACACACACACACACACACUUAACCUCUCGAUGCUACAGCUGGCACGAUUCACAUUUUUAAUUCCACAUUUAGAUGAACUUGUUUCUACUUUGUCAAUAAGUUGUGUGUAGGAUUUUAAUUGGGUCAUUUGGCGUGUUGACUGAUGAAUUGUGAAUGUUAAUAAAAUUAUUUACUCUACAGAAA